AUUUAAACGAGAGUGAAGUUGUUCUCACUCAUUCCUCAUUUUUAACCCCUUUCUCUCUUGUUUUUCCACAAGACCUGGACUUCAUUCAUUCUCGCAUAGGUCAACCAUGUCUUCAACGUCGUCGUAUUGGUGUUACAGCUGCUCCCUUCUGUUUCGCAUCUCGGCUUCAGAUAACGCAACCAACGAAGCCAUUGUAUGCCCCUACUGUGACGGAGGUUUCAUCGAGGAGAUUGAGUCAUCCGAUGAUCAUACCCCUCGGUUUCCACCUAGCUACAUCAUCCCCAGCAACCGUCGAGACUCGGAUCGGAACCGGAACCCCGUUUCUCGUCGAAAUCGUUGGAUUCCUAUUGACCACUUAAACAUCAAUCCAAUAAUCGUCCUACGUGGAACAACCGGCGACGAGAGCACCACCCCCACCGAUGGAAACAACAACAACAGCAGCGAAUUUGACUUCUUCUAUGACGACGGUUCCGGGUCGGGUUUAAGACCCAUACCGACCUCCAUGUCCGAAUCUCUAAUGGGAUUGGGUUUCAAUCGGCUAUUAACACAUCUUUCCCAGAUCGAAAUAACUGGAUUGGGGCAACACCAGAACCCUCCCGCUUCAAAAACAGCGAUCGAAUCAAUGCCGACGAUUCAAAUAGAGGCCACCUAUGUAUGUUCAGAAACUUACUGUGCCGUUUGUAAAGAGCCUUUCGAGCUUGGGACGGAAGCUAGGGAGAUGCCAUGCAAGCAUAUUUAUCAUCAAGAUUGUAUCAUCCCAUGGCUUUCCCUCCGAAACUCGUGCCCUAUCUGCCGUCACGAAGUGCCAUCGGAUCGAAGCGAGUCAAACGAUGACGUUUUGGAGAGGGUGGGAUUCAGUAUAUGGAGGUUGCCUGGUGGGCUUUUUGGGGUGACGAGGGUUAGGAGUGAAAGGGAAGUGCCCGUGGUUUACCCGGAGAUGGAUGGUGGGUUUGGGGAAUGGGGAUCGGAUUCGGGUCAUGGAGAUGUGACGACAGUUUCCUGGGGUGGGGUUAGAAGGAGAGAGAAUGGGUUUAGGAGAGUUGUGAGGAAUGUGACGUCGUUUUUGCGGGGCUUGAGGUCUCAUGGUGGAAGUGAAGAAUCUGGCGGUUUGACCAGAAUUGGAUCAAUGUCAACGUUGGGUAGGUUUACAAGAAGUAGAAGCAGAAUAUCGAGCUCGGGUUUUGGGGGUUAAUUACUGGAAAAAAGAAAAAACUUUUCAAACUUUUGCUUUGUGGGGUUUUGAAUUUAUGAAAAGAAUGUCUUCUUAGAUAGCAAUUCUCAAGUUGCAAUGUCUUCUAUUAUUUGAAUUGUUGAAUUGGGUGAAAGAUAAAAAGAAUCUAAACUUUGGGGUUGGUUCGUUUGUUUGAUAAGAAAACAGAAACCUGUGGUGCUAGCCUUGUUCUGGAUUGAAUUGAGAGUCAAAUGAGAACACUAAUCGAGGGAUGUGCUUAAUUGGACAUUGUUGGUAUUCCUUCUAGAUAUUUGAAGCUGAAAUGUCAUUUGUCAAACUGAGAACUGAAAGAAACACCCAUUAGUCAAAAGCUUGUACAACAAAUCUAUGUUUGAGGAAAUAACAAACCAGCAAUGAAUCUGUCUAUUAUUUUA